AUAUAGUGCUGCACCUCGAGAGGCUGCGAAUGUUGGACUAAUGAUUUUGGACACAAGAGCAGAAGACGAGCUGGUGACUUAAGAGACCGAAUGUUUAACACUCUGAAGAAGGCCCGUGCACGAAGGAAGUUGGAGAAAGGAUAUCAGUAGUUACUCCAUCUACCCCAAUGCGGGGGGCUGUAUAUAUAUCAGGACUAUCGUCGGCGGACUUUGUCCCGCUCUCUUUCCCCGCUCCCUUAUCAAUAGCAGUUUCGACUGCCGAAAUUGAACAAUCCCUUGUCUAUAAGAAGAUCCGCGUUCCACCAUGUAUACAGUCAAAGCGCUUCGUACGAUUUUGAGCCGAACACCCCUUGGAACGACAAGACAGCCGAAGUCAUCACUCCAUCCUCCCUACACUAGCCUCUUCUCCACAUCAAGCUAUCGGGCUAUGUUGACCACGGAGCUGUCCGAAGCCGAUGUAUCGGCAUUGAGAGUCAACAGGGAGCGACUAGCAAAGGACCUCCAUCAUUCUUGUCAAUGGGGAUCUGGGAUUCGAUGGGGCAAUGAUCCAACAGAUACAGGCAUGCAACGCCUUGCGCUGUCCGAAGAAGAUAAAAGUGUUCGAGACUGGUUUGUUCAGACUAUGAAGGAUCUCAAAUGCGAGAUCACCGUGGACGAAAUGGGUAAUAUCUUCGCCGUGCGCCCGGGUCGACGCAAGGAUGUCCCCGCUACGUUUAUCGGCAGUCACCUUGAUACACAACCCACAGGCGGCCGCUACGAUGGCAUCCUAGGCGUUUUGUCGGGUGUGGAAGCGCUGAAGAGAAUGGAUGAGUUGGGUCUAGAAACGGAAGGAGGAGUCGGGGUUGUGAAUUGGACCAAUGAAGAAGGCGCACGAUUCCCAGUGAGUAUGAUCGCAUCGGGAGUAUGGGCGGAAUGUAUCCCAUUAUCAAAGGCCCACAACCUCAAGGAGGUACCGACCGUUGCAUCGCUUCCGACAGCUGCGUCAGCCCCCGAGACGAUGAAGUCUGCUUUGGAGAAGAUAAACUACCUGGGUGAUGUGCCAUGCUCUUACAAGACCACGCCCAUGGCGGCACAUUUUGAGCUGCACAUCGAGCAGGGCCCGCACCUAAUUUCGGCUGCUCAGCAAGUCGGUGUUGUCACAGCAGUCCAGGCCUAUCGCUGGUUCAGGUUGAAGAUUAUCGGACGAGACACCCAUACCGGCACGACCGCUUUCGAGCAUCGUGCCGAUGCAUUGUAUGCCUUUGCACAGAUGAUGGUUCGAGCGCGGGAGGUGGCCGCCGCCCAAGGGUGUCUCGCCAGCGUUGGCAUUAUCGAAGUUGCCCCUGGAAGUGUCAACACGGUGCCCGGGCAGGUGAGCUUCAGCUUGGAUAUCCGCGGCCCAGAGACAGCACUAGUAGCAGAGGUUGAAAAGAAGCUACGCAGUGAUUUCGAUAAGAUUGCUGCAGCAGAAGGUGCUGGGAUUGGCAAGCCUUGCCGGGUUGAAUGGACGCUCGACUUUGACUCGCCGGCUGUUAAGUUCCAUGAGGAUUGCAUUGAAUGUGUUCAACAGUCGGCCCAAGCUGUAGUUGCGGAUGCGCCCGUUGCUGACACCAAAUCGCUGAUUCGGCCUAUCAUGAGUGGUGCUGGUCACGAUAGCGUUUUCACGUCCAAGCGAGUGCCAACUAGCAUGAUCUUUGUGCCAUGUAAAGAUGGACUCAGUCACCAUCCUGAGGAGUUCUGCUCUGCGGACGACUGUGCCACUGGAGCCUCCGUAAUUCUGCAAGCGGUGGUGCGAUAUGAUCGCAAGAGGUUCGCGUAGAAUCAAUCACCGGGGCGACAGUUGAAUAUAUAGGCAUUGAAUACCAACCCAUGUAUCAUGUGAGACCAUGUCUACGCCAUACUCGUUGGCUCCAAGUUCAAUUGGUUUAGCGGUCCAUGUGAACGAAGCAUCUACGAGAAGAACAAGAUUUGCAGUGAGUCAUGAAUGUGCCAUUAAGACUAGCUACAUCAUAACAUCGUUUCAACUUUUUUGAUUUUUCCUCGUAUUCCCCAAGUCUCAAGAGACUGGGGAACCGUCGGAAGAUGUAUCAACGACCAGCCCCUUUCAGCAUCACUUGUUUCAGUUCGCCUACUCCGAACCGGAAGUCGAAAACAUCAGCCCCUAAGGAUGACCGAGCAUUGAAUGACAGGACACCAAGGCAUCAAGGAAGAGUCCUUUACUGCUGCUGGGGAGCACCGCGGCCACGGCCGAAGCCACCACGGAAGGAAGGAGCGAACUCGCCGGGGGCACCGCCCUCCUUGCCACCCUCCUCACGGCGGCGGUAACCACCCUCGCGGCCCUCACGGGGAGCACGGGGACGACGCUCACGGUCCUCACCGCCCAUCAUGCCGCGGGGGGGAGCGUGGGAGCGCUGCUGCUUGAUGUGGGUGGCGGGGACAACCUCAGCGGGGAGGUGGAGCCACUCGCGGAGGUAGUCCAGACCCUCGGGGGUGAGGGUGUAGUAGUAGUACUGCCACGAGAACUGGGUCUUGACGAAGCCACGGGAGUUCAGGGACUGCAUAGCCUUGAUGACCUG